CAAUCUCAUUCCUCCAUCCUCCAAAACAAAAACAAAUAUACCAAAAACCUAUCAAGAAAAGAAAAGCACCCCCUUUUCUUCCCUCCCCCAGGUUAUGGAUUCAUCAUCUUUAACCUAAUUUGGGAGGGAAAAAUAAAAAAAAUGUUUUCUUUUUCUUGAUCAAGAAUACCCAAAACCCACAUAAAAUUGAUCAAGAUUCAAUCUUUUCUUUUUCUUGUUCAAGAAUAAUCAAAACCCACAUAUAAUCUUGAUCAAGAUUCAAUCUUUUCUUUUUCUUGAUCAAGAAUAAUCAAAACCCACAUAUAAUCUUGAUCAAGAUUCAAUCUUUCCUUUUUCUUGAUCAAGAAUAAUCAAAACCCACAUAUAAUCUUGAUCAAGAUUCAAUCUUUUCUUGUUCUUGAUAAAAAAUAAUCCAAACCCACAUAGUCUUGAUCAAGAUUCAACCUGUUUUCUUUUUCCAAAAUGGAAAUGGAUAACAUUGAAUGUGUUUCAACCUCUGAUGGGUUAGAAGAUGAAAUCCCACAUCAUCAUAAUCAUAAUUAUAAUCAUCACCAUCACAAUCAUCAAAACAAUCCCCAAAUCCCACAGUUUUCUUCUUUGAAAACUCAUAAUGUUAAUGUUGUUGUUCCUUUGACUAUUAAUCGCACAACCAGUGUUCAUGAGCUUCUUGAAUGCCCUGUUUGUACCAAUUCAAUGUAUCCUCCAAUUCAUCAGUGUCACAACGGACACACGAUUUGCUCCACCUGUAAGACGCGUGUACACAACAGGUGUCCAACUUGUCGACAAGAACUCGGGGAUAUAAGGUGCCUAGCGUUGGAAAAAGUGGCCGAAUCACUCGAGUUUCCAUGCAAAUACAGCUCCCUUGGGUGCCCCGGGAUCUUCCCGUACUAUAAUAAGCUUAAACAUGAGGCCUUAUGCAAUUUUAGGCCGUACAGCUGUCCGUAUGCUGGAUCAGAGUGCUCGGUUGUUGGGGAUAUCCCGUAUCUCGUUUCCCAUUUGAGGGAUGACCAUAAAGUAGAUAUGCACUCUGGAUACACUUUCAACCAUCGCUAUGUUAAGUCCAAUCCACGCGAAGUUGAAAAUGCCACAUGGAUGCUUACGGUCUUCAACUGCUAUGGGCAAUAUUUUUGUCUCCACUUUGAGGCGUUCCAGCUCAGCAUGGCUCCAGUCUACAUGGCGUUUCUCCGGUUCAUGGGUGACGAAAAUGACGCCAGGAAUUACCGUUACAGUUUGGAGGUUGGUGGGAAUGGCAGAAAACUCAUAUGGGAAGGUACCCCUAGAAGCAUAAGAGACGGUCACAGAAAAGUUAGGGACAGCCAUGAUGGGCUCAUAAUACAGAGAAACAUGGCCCUCUUUUUCUCGGGGGGAGAUAGGAAAGAACUCAAGUUGCGGGUCACUGGUCGGAUAUGGAAAGAACCGCCUAACUCUGAUGGUAGCAAUGUAUGCAUUCCAAAUCUGUGUAGUUAAACUUGCUUGUCUUGUUUUGUGGGUCCCGUCUUUAUUUAUGUAAUGUGGACCGACCCGUAGAAGAAAUCAAAAGAGAAUGGUCGAAGGGGGCGUAUUUUUCAUAUUUGUGUGGGAACUUUUUGGACAAUGAUAUCUUUGGUGUGAGUAAUCUUUAUGCAAAGCAUAUGGAUGCAACUUCUAUAUGAAGGGAAUUUUUAACAAUGUAGCAUUUUGUUCUUA